AUGUUUCAAAAUUUCCUUCGUCACGCGCAGGCUCCUGCGCUUGGCAUUUCACGUUUACCAAAUCGUCGAGCUUUCUCGUACGUGUCGACGCACCAAACUUUUCCAGCAAGCCUGCAUCGAUUUCAGAUCCACCGCGACUCAAAGCUUUAUGACAGAGCUUUUGGACAAGAUGACUGGGAAUACGAGGAUGGAAUAGAAAUCUCUGCGGACGGCUUGGUGCACCCAAAUAUUACUGCCGAUUUUUCUAAUGGAGCAUUACUCAUGCCAAAUACGCACUUUAUGCAAGAGAUCACACGGAGGUCGUUUGAUUAUUACUUGGACAGUGUGGAAAGUAGUCAGGCCCCCGCCGAACCUCAUUAUUUGUGUAUACCCAAAGGUGAUUAA